UGAUUUCGAAUAGUAGUACCGCGCUGCACCACUAGGGGGUGAACAAACCGGAAGCAGGAAAUGUCGUCGUUGACGGGCGAAAUUCAAACUUCUGGAACCAACAUCCCUGAGAGAACUGUGUGGUUUUCGUCUGUUUUCUUAGAAAUCAAGUGAGGAUUAUCUUUCGGUCGCUGGGACAAGGAAGAUGCCCGUGGAAAAGACGGCAGACGGCGAAGCCGCAGAGCUCCACAAAUAUGAAGUCUACGAGACCAUCGGCUCAGGUGGUUUCGCUAAAGUCAAGCUGGGCCGACACACGCUGACAGGAGAAAAGGUUGCCAUCAAGAUCAUGAAUAAAAAAGAUCUCGGGGAUGACUUGCCACGUGUAAAGGUGGAGAUAGAAGCCAUGAAGAGUCUCAGUCAUCAACAUAUCUGCAGACUGUACCACGUCAUAGAGACGUCUACCCAGAUCUUCUUGGUGCUUGAGUAUUGCCCUGGUGGGGAGUUGUUUGAUUAUAUCAUAGCGAAGGACCGACUUUCAGAGCAAGAGACCAGGGUGUUCUUCAGACAAAUCGUGUCAGCAAUGGCCUAUGUCCACAGCCAAGGAUACGCACACAGGGACCUUAAACCGGAAAAUUUGUUGAUUGAUGAGGACCAUAACUUGAAGCUCAUAGACUUUGGCCUAUGUGCCAAACCUAAGGGGGGUCUAGGUUAUGAGCUGAUGACUUGUUGUGGGAGCCCUGCAUAUGCUGCUCCUGAGCUCAUUCAGGGAAAAACAUACAUUGGUUCAGAGGCUGAUGUAUGGAGUAUGGGAGUGCUGCUGUUUGCUCUACUCUGUGGAUACCUUCCCUUUGAUGAUGACAACUGCAUGCUCCUUUACAGAAAGAUUACGAGGGGUAAAUAUGAUAAACCACAGUGGCUCUCACCAGGCAGUAUCCUGCUCCUCAACCAAAUGAUGCAGGUGGACCCCAAGCGUCGCCUGACAGUCAGGCAGCUGUUGGACCAUCCCUGGGUGAUGAAGGAUUACAACAGCCCCGUAGAGUGGCACAGCAGGCAGCCGCUUGAACACAUAGAUGAGGACUGUAUCACUGAGAUGGCGGUCAACAUGAAGCGGUCAAGAGAGAGCACCACAGCACUGGUGAAGGAGUGGAAGUACGAUCAGAUCACAGCCACCUACCUGCUGCUGCUGUCAAAGAAGCAGAAGGGGAAGCCAGUUCGUCUUCGCCCCGGGUCAGUCAUCUGUGAGGACUCUCCUCUGCACCAAGGACUGCAGAAAAGAGAAUUGCUUCACUUCAGUGAAGAUGAAGACGCUGUCAUUAUUGGGUCUUUGGACCUUUGUUCAGACUACAUUGAUGAUUGUCCGUGGGUGUCAGUGCGACAGCACACACCACAGGCAGGCAGAAGUCGGCAAGACGGAAACAAAGAUAAGAAAUUCAUAUCACCAUUAGUGGAAAAAAGGGAUGUCUGCAGCCUGACAUCGGGAGGUUCGGCAACGCCACGACGCCAUGAGAGGAGGGAGAGAGAUAAGGAGCAAAGCAGUGAGAACAAGGAGAACUUAGCUGACGAGAAAGGAGUUGAAGUAUUUGCUUUGCCUCCCCCCCGGACCCCCGUGUCCAGUAAGAAGAAUGCACGCCCCAUCAAGAACGUGCUGAACACACCUAAUCAAGAUGCAGACAACAACGGUACCAAAGCCAGUGUGGCUACACCUAAAGAGGGUGCAUCAAAGGAGCAGAGCAGGAAAAGAGCUGCUGAGAAUAAGGAGUCUUCAAACAUGGAAGUACUAGCUUUCAGUCCAGAGCGAAGGUCCAGGUCCUUGGACAUGGCUGUGACAGGAGACAGUGGGAAGAAGAAGCGAGGAGGGAAGAUGUUUGGCUCCCUGGAAAGAGGCUUGGACAAGGUCAUCACGAUGCUCACCCCGAGUAAAAGACGAGCUCUGCGAGACACUCCAAGGAAGAUUAAGGCUCAAUAUAACGUGACCCUGACCAGUCAGACAAAUCCAGAUCAGGUGUUAAACCAGAUCCUCUCCGUCCUGCCUGAGAAAAACGUCGACUUCACACAGAAAGGGUAUAACCUGAAGUGUCAGACUAGGGAUCAGUUUGGAAAAGUGACCAUGGCGUUUGAGCUGGAGGUGUGCCUGCUGCUGAGGCCGGAGGUCGUUGGCGUGCGGCGGCAGAGGCUGAAGGGAGAUGCUUGGGUUUACAAGCACCUGGUGGAGGACAUCCUAUCUACAUCCAGCAUCUAAGCCGUGUUUUAGCUGUAUUGCCGCCUGUCGGUGACACAAAAGACUUCUGAAAUAAAUGAUGUAUUAACUCAGAAGAUGAUGUGCACAUUAAUAUCUGAAGGUUAGCCAGGUCAGGAUUGUGUAAGUUGUAUUUUAUUUUAUGUCGAACGUUUUGAUCCUCUUUCUCUAAUUAUUAAGAUUAAAGUGAUUUCUAUCAGUUGUUUUAAUGUAUGAAAUACAACAGAGCUUAGCUUUCCAUACCUUCCAGCUGGCUUUUAACAUAUUUUACUUGAUUUUUUUCACUCCUGAAGGUGAAACACUUAAGUGAAACAAGCAUUACUAAUUUACCGUCAUUGUGCUUUUUAAUGUACUUGUGUUUACAGUUCUCUCUCAAUGUUUUACAGUGUUACUUAUAAGUGUCUUGUUUUAUUUGUGGGUUCGUCAUUCUCACUGCAUCUGGAGUCAUCUUUAUCGUAAAAGGAGCAAAAUAAAUACAUUGUUUACUGAG